AAAACAGUAAAAAUGAAAGAAACAUUUCUUAAUUAUAGUAAAUUCAACUUUGGCUUAGACUAAAAGUUUUGGAGAGUCUGAUUUCCAGUCAAAUUUUUUCCCUUUCUUUACUUGUGUCAAGGCUUUGUCAUGAUAUAAUCAAAAAAAAAAAAAAAAAACUUUGUCUGGUACCUUUAGACUUCAGUGAAGAAAAGCUACAAUUAUUUUUAAUAAAUUAGAAAAAGCAAUUUCUCCGAAAAUGUUAGAAAGAAGCAGAUGAAAACGCGUUUGACCAUGUAAACCUGGUUAGCCAUGGAUGAUUCUUCCCUCUUUUCAUCAAUCUCCUUUACCUCUCUAAAGCAGGAAUUGACUCUGCAAAACUUCUGUUAAUCAAACACCUUCAACAACCCCACUUCCUCUCACCAUUUUCUCUGCUUAUUAAGCCUUUUGCUGAAAAACCCCAGAGACCAAAACCCAAUAAAGAUCAGCCCUUUUCUUUUCAAUUUGAUUAAUUUGUUUUUUUAUCUGAUCAAGUUUACAUUUAAAAAAAAAAUCUUUUUUGUUGUUAUGAUGGCGGAUAUGGUGAAGCAAAUCUUGGCGAAGCCGAUUCAGUUAGCGGACCAAGUAAUGAAAGCGGUGGAUGAAGCUAGUUCGUUUAAGCAAGAGUGCGGGGAGCUUAAGUCCAAGACAGAGAAACUCGUUGGCUUGCUUCGACAAGCGGCGCGUGCAAGUUCCGACCUUUACGAACGUCCCACGCGUCGCAUAAUCGAUGAUACCGAACAAGUUCUCGUUAAAGCCCUUUCUUUGGUCCUCAAAUGCCACGCCAACGGCCUUAUGAAGCGCGUGUUCACAAUCAUCCCUGCUGCCGCGUUCCGUAAAAUGUCUUCUCAGAUCGAGAACUCAAUCGGCAAUGUUUCCUGGCUUCUCCGCGUCUCAGCUUCAGCUGACGAUCGCGUCGAUGAGUACUUAGGCCUUCCUCCUAUUGCUGUUAACGAGCCAAUUUUAUGCCUAAUUUGGGAACAAAUCGCGAUUCUUUACACUGGUUCACUCGACGACCGGUCCGACGCGGCUGCUUCGCUUGUUUCGCUAGCCAGAGACAAUGAUCGGUACGGGAAACUGAUUAUAGAAGAAGGAGGGGUUGGACCGUUAUUGAAAUUAGUCAAAGAAGGGACAAUGGAAGGUCAACAAAACGCCGCCAAAGCAAUUGGGCUUCUGGGCCGGGACCCGGAAAGCGUCGAGCAAAUGAUCCACGCUGGCGUUUGCACGGUGUUUGCGAAAAUUCUAAAAGAAGGGCCGAUGAAAGUUCAAGCGAUGACGGCAUCGGCGGUGUCUGAGCUGGCAGCUAAUUAUCCAAAAUGUCAAGAUUUGUUCGCUCAGCAUAAGAUAAUCCGAUUACUUGUUAGUCAUUUGGCGUUUGAAACUAUUCAAGACCAUACCAAAUAUGCAAUUACUAGUAACAAAACGACGUCGAUCCACGCGGUGGUUAUGGCGAGUAGUAAUAAUUCGAAUGUGAAUAACAUGAAAAAUGUUAUUGAUGAAGAUCAUCAGAGUCAGAUUCCGCAUUUGAUGGGGAACGAAAGUCCAUUUCAGAUGCAUAAUGUGGUUGCAAAUACUAUGGCAAUGAAAGGAGGGGUGAAAUUGCCACAAAAACCGAGUAAUAAUCAUGUUAGGGGUAGUAGCCAGGGCAUUCAUCAAGUUUAUUAUCAACAUCAGCAGGCGAAUAUUAAUAAGGGAAGGGAAUUGGAAGAUCCUGCUACCAAGGCUUAUAUGAAAGCAAUGGCAGCUAGAGCUUUAUGGCAUCUUGCUAAGGGGAAUUCGGCUAUUUGUCGGAGUAUUACUGAGUCCAGAGCAUUGCUAUGUUUUGCGGUUUUGUUAGAACAAGGAACUGAUGACGUGCAGUUUAAUUCGGCUAUGGCAGUGAUGGAGAUUACAGCUGUGGCAGAGCAGGAUACUGAUUUGAGAAGGUCUGCGUUUAAGCCGAAUUCUCAUGCUUGUCAGCUUGUCGUCAAGCAGCUGUUGAAGAUUAUUGAGACGGUUGAUUCGGAACUGCUGAUUCCUUGUAUCAAGGCUAUUGGUAAUUUGGCUAGGACGUUUAGAGCAACGGAAACAAGGAUGAUUUCCCCAUUGGUUACACUUCUUGAUGAGAGGGAAGCUGAAGUUUCCAAGGAGGCCGCGAUUGCACUUACCAAGUUUGCUUGUACGGACAACUAUCUACACCUUGAUCACUCCAAGGCAAUCAUUAGUGCAGGAGGUGCAAAGCAUUUGAUUCAGCUAGUGUAUUUUGGGGAACAAAUUGUUCAACUCUCAGGAUUAGUUCUCCUAUGCUACAUUGCCUGCCAUGUACCCGAUAGCGAAGAACUCGCCCAAGCUGAGGUGCUUGCUGUGCUUGAAUGGGCAUCCAAGCAAUCCUACGUGACCCAGGAUGAAACAGUAGACACACUUUUACAAGAGGCCAAAAGUAGAUUGGAGCUGUAUCAGUCUAGGGGUUCAAGGGGAUUUCGUUGAUCGAUCACUUUUCCAUUGUAUUUUCAUGUUUAAAACAGUAUACCAUCAUUUUUGUUUCGAAUUUAUUAUUUUAUCAGUGACACUUCAAUUUCACGUUAGGAUA